CGUUACGUAAACGCAGGACGAACUGCGCAGUCACUGCGCGCUUUUGACGUUCAAACUGCAGCACCUUUGCACACUUUCAAGAUGGCGGCCACCGUUGGAAGACUUCUUCGUACAUCUGCAAGCAAAGUAGCAUUGAGUGCACUGAGGAGUGGAUCUUCAGUAACCGCAGCUCCGUCUGGGAUCAGAGCUGCUGCACAGAGAGCCUGCUUCUCUACCAGUACUGCUAAAUGGGCUGCAGCAGUUACCCAGCAUGCUCCGCACUUCAAGGGCACAGCUGUCCACAACGGAGAAUUCAAAGAGAUCAGCCUUGAUACCUACAAGGGCAAAUACCUGGUUCUGUUUUUCUACCCCCUCGAUUUUACAUUUGUCUGCCCUACAGAAAUCAUCGCAUUCAGUGAUAAGGCUAACGAAUUCCAUGAUAUCAACUGUGAGGUGGUGGGUGUGUCUGUGGACUCUCACUUUACACACUUGGCUUGGACCAACACUCCUCGAAAGAGUGGAGGAUUGGGAAAAAUCCAUAUCCCCUUGCUGGCUGAUCUCAACAAACAGGUCUCCAGAGACUACGGAGUCCUCCUGGAGGGUGCAGGAAUCGCACUGAGAGGGCUGUUUAUCAUCGAUCCCAACGGCAUUGUCAAACACAUGAGCAUCAAUGACCUUCCAGUAGGCCGCUCUGUUGAGGAGACCCUGCGCCUCGUUAGGGCUUUCCAGUUUGUGGAGAGUCAUGGAGAGGUUUGCCCGGCCAGCUGGACCCCAAAAUCACCCACAAUAAAGCCGACUCCAGAUGGGUCCAAGGAAUACUUUGAAAAAGUCAACUGAAUGGAACUCUAGUCAAAGUUAGAGCGUACAAAAAUAACGCACUUCAUAUUUGUGAAAAUCAGUUCAGUGAUCUGUAUAAAACGUGAGCCCAUUUGUUAGUGUUGUUGCUAUGCAUACAAAUAAAAUAAAAUAAAAAUUGUUA